AUGUCGUCCGCUGCAGACGGCUCUGACAUUGCCAGCUGGUUCGAGGCCGUCAAGGGCGAGGUCCCUUUUUCACUUACCGGCCCCAGCAUUACACUCUCCCCUCUCCCGUCCCCGUACCCACCAACAGUCUUCCUCUAUGGCGGCAAGGUCGUGCAAUCCCGCCGCAUGUCGGACCAGAUGUGGGCCUUGGACCUCAACCGCCGGGAGUGGUCGCGCGUCAACGCCGGCACCGGUCCUGGCGUGCGCUACUUUCACUCGAUGGACGUUUGGGAAGACAAACUCGUGCUCUUCGGCGGCAUGAGCGAGCAGGAACUCAACGGGUCCAGCUUUGUCCACGACGACGUCUGGUUCUUUGACUGCCGCACCCGCCGCUGGCUGCCGCAACCUUUGCCCGACGCUGGCCCGUCCUUUGAGCCAAUAGCCCAAGACCCCCAGUUCCUCCCAUCCGCACGCUACGCGCACCUCAGCGCUGUGUCGCGUGGCAAACUCAUCGUGUUUGGUGGUCAACGGCACGACAACACCUGGAUAUACGAGAUUAGUGCCUACGACCUCAAGCGCCGCGCUUGGGUGUCCAAGACACCCCAACCAGAGUCGCACGGCCUGCAUUCCAAGGGAGCAUACCGCUCCGUCGCGUUGUCGACCAACCAACGUGUUGUCUUCCCACACUCGGACUCGCACACGUUCACCGGAACGCAAGCGCUGCCAUACUCGGAGGACGAGGAGGGUUUCGGCGGCUCGAUCUACGUCUACUCAAACUACGAUUUUGCCAAGGUCAGACGCGAGUUUGAGAUCCUUCAUCCACUCGAUGGCGUGGAGGCCGAACCCGUGGCGUCAGACAAGUUCGCGUCCAUCCCCGAUUACACCGUCCGCGACCUCUCGACCAAGAUGAGCGGCGUUUCGCAGCCACCAGGCCUGCGUUUCCCCUCUGGUGGCAUCGUCGGGCACCACUUGGUCCUUACUGGUCUGUACCUCGCCUCCACCUCGGGUGCCUUCUCCAUAUGGGCCCUCGACCUCACCACCAUGGUCUGGACGCACAUCGAGCCGGCUGUGCUCAAGACUGGGAGCUGGAACCGUCCUAUUAUCUGCCCUGACACUGCGCGUCUCCUUGUUUUUGGGUGUGCGGACUCGGACCUGACCACUGAUUAUGGCAAGCGCGCAGUCAACCUCAACCAUGUUGCGGUUGUCGAGCUCGAGGCGUACGGCAUAUACCGGCCACCGAAGCAGGAAAUUUCGGACAUGGAGCAGAACGUGGGCCUCACCAUGCUCGACCAGAGGCUGCUGAUCGACUUUGAAGUCGUUUCGGUCGACAACCGCCGCGUCAAGUGCUCGCGGCGUGUGCUCGAAAAGCGCUGGCCGUGGUUUGCCGAGCAGCAGGCGUCGAUCGUAUCGCGUGCGGGAGAAAUCAUCCACGACGUCGCGUCGCUCGACAUGGACGGUGCGGUCGCUGCAUCGCUGAGCCCCGUGCGCAUGACGCCCACUCGCCUCUACCUCCCCGAGGAGUUCGCAAUCUGCGUCGCGCUCGUGCAGUACUUCUACACCCUAGAGCUGUCAUCGCCGCUGCAGCGCCGCGGGCCUGUGCUCACCUCACUGUUGUUCCUUGCGAAGCAGUACAAGAUUGAGCGCCUGCGCAGGCUCGUCGUGCACACGCUGCACAGCCGCCUCGAACCCGACAACGCACUCAAUCUGUUCCAGGUGGCGAGUAUCGCAGGCGAGAAGCCUCUGGCGUCCCGCUGCUUAAGCCUGUUGAAGCACGCCCGCUCAAACGGCAGGGGCCUCCACAGCAGUCACCACCGGCCCAGCGGUACCCAAAGUGCCCACGGUAGCGCCGGAGGCACAACACCAUCUGCGUCGAACAUGGGUCUCCCUCCCAACGAGACAACAUCAAGUGCAUCAACCGUCAACGGCAACACAACCAUCCAGGGUGCUCCCGACUCGCACGUGUUCCGCCGGGCACGCGCGGACUCGCUCACAUGCGCCGACCAGCCCCUGUUGCGCCUAGUGGGCGACCUGGACAUGGACGAUUCGCCAUCAGCAACCUCGACCACCAUGUCCCAAGAGGACUCGCAGGUCAUGUCACUCUUCAGCGCGCUCGAUAUCAGCGCGCCACCGGAGUCUCCGGUCCUGGCCCAGCGCAGCAACAGGCCUAUGUCGGAGCGGUCACCUUCUCCCAGCCCCAGCCAUGCAAGCUCAACGCAGAAGAAGCGCACGCCGCCGAUGAUGCCACCUCCAGGUCGCGCUCUCCCCACGGUCCCACAGGACGCACUUCUUACUCCGCCAUUCACCCCCCACACGCCCCUUGCUGACGCCGGUCUCCGCUCGUCAAGCCCCACUUACUCGGAGGCGACGUCCUCGUUUCCUCGGACACCGGCUGAGUCGACUCGUGGGUCCAUGUACUCUACGCGCGAGGACCCCAUGUCUCCAAUGAACGAGCGCCGCCCGUCAUUAAGUGACAGCAGCCUCCCCAGCAAGACGGCCGGGCUGCCAAGUCUGCCAGAGGAUGAAGCGCCGACAUUCGAGAUGAGCGAGGACGACCACCUGCGUGUGUCGACCGAGACGUCCGAGGCCGACAACGAGAGGCUACAGACACCUCGCAUUGGUGUCGACCCAGGGAGCGCACCCCUCCAACACAGCUCCCUCAACGUGCAGCAGGAGCAGGCCAUGCUCAAGCUCACUGCCAACUCUGGACAGUCGAAGCAGCUCGCACGUGCAACGUCGCUCACAUCGCUUGGGCAGCGUCCACACAGCACGCUGGCCACGUACACGGCGCGCGAUGUGCGUGAAAUGGGGAAGACGCAGGAACAGAUGGGUGCUCUCGCAGAAGACUUUGGUGUCGAUCUCCCGUCGACUGCAGAGCGCUCCAAGACAUGGGCCAAGCCUGGCGGCUCGGAUUUCAGCAAACGACACAGUAUCGUCGCCAAGGCUCCCACCACCCUGGACCACGAGCAGGAGCGGUUAGCCAAGUUCCACGCCUUCAUCGCCGAGCAGCAGCGGCAAGCAGGGAGCAGCGAAGCCGAAGCGAUUGCCCGCAAGGCUACUGGUCGCGCAGGGCGCUCACGCUUCGGCGCGUGGCGCACCAAGGUCGGGAAUGUGCUCCACUAG